AGCAAAGGUAAAGUGGCGGUGAUAACUCUCCGUCCAGACGUGGAUUUUGUUAAAAUGUGUGAGGUUUGAUAAGGUUUUCAGUAAAAUCCAGCAGUGUAGUGUUCCGUUCACGUUAUAUUUUCAAGGCCACGGUGAAGGAGACACCAUGGACUUCGUGAUCGGUGGGCUGGCCGGGGCAGGAGCCACAGUCUUCACCAAUCCCAUAGACGUGGUGAAGACUCGGCUCCAACUACAAGGAGAACUACAGCCUAAGGACCAGCAGGUGGUCCGUUACCGAGGCAUGCUGCACGCGAUCUUCGUCAUUGGACGUACAGACGGCCUCCUGGCUUUGCAAAAAGGCCUCGCUCCAGCCCUUGUACUUGGAUUCACAAUGAACUCUGUCAGAUUAGGAUUAUACCACAUAUCAGAAGUCCGUGGCUGGACCACCACAGACACCGGAGAGGUAUCUAUUAGCAAGGCAGUGUUCUGGUCAAGCGUGAGCGGCAUCGUCAGUGGGGUUGUUGGCAACCCUGUGUCCGUGCUCAAGACUAGAAUACAGGCAUCAUCGCAUCCGAGUAUAGCGGUGGGGAGACAACAUAGGUAUAAAGGCAUGUUCGACGGCAUGUCCAAGAUCUAUUCCUCGGAAGGCUUCAAGGGUUACUUCGCGGGCGUGAACGCUGCCUGCACAAGGCUGGCCGUCGGCAGCGCUGCGCAACUCACUACGUUCUCCAAAGCAAAAGAAUGGCUGGCAUCGCACGGCAUAUGCGAUCGCUCACCCUUCUGGCUCUCCGUCCUAGCCAGUGCCAUAAGCGGCGCCGUGGUGUCUCUAGCCAUGUGCCCCUUCGACGUCACCACCGUCCGACUAUACAACCAGGGUACCGCCGCCAGCGGAGGGCUCCUCUACACAGGGGUGUUCGACGCCCUCUGCAAGAUCUACAAGACGGAGGGCCUCCACGGCCUCUACAAGGGGCUCGGGCCCCUCUACAUCAGGAUAACGCCUCACACCACCCUCUCACUAGUCAUAUGGGAUAUGCUGAAUUUGUAUAUGAGCGAUAAAAGUAGCUGAUAG